GUCCAUACAGCUGUCCGUGCCGUGUGCGGCAUGCGCGUAUUCGCCUUGUGCGCCGCCAGUUACAACUACAACUACAGCGACUACAGUAGGAUGCCAAGCCAGUUGUGCGGUUCCCGGUCGCCCUGUGGAGGUAGAAUUACUGAUGUCAAAUGUUGAAAAAGUUAUUCAGGAGUCAACUGGAGCAGAACUUUACCGAGCACAAUGGAAAGUGUUGACAGUCCGUCCUUUUUUGCCUCGCUAGUGGCUGGCGCAAUUGCUGGCACUACUGUGGACGUCGUUCUUUUCCCACUCGACACGCUUAAAACACGUUUGCAAAGCCAGCAGGGGUUUCUGAAAGCUGGGGGCUUCAAGAAGAUCUACUCCGGUGUCGCAUCUGCGGCGCUUGGCUCUGCACCAACAUCUGCACUAUUUUUCUGCACCUAUGAAGGAGUGAAGCAAUUUGUUGGUCCAGUCAUGCCAAGCUUGAUGACUCCUUUGGUGCACAGUAUUGCAGCUGCAUGUGGUGAAGUGGUACGCAUAUGUUUUGCAGUGGAGGCAGCCUGCACUUUAAGAGUUCCUGUGGAAGUUGUGAAACAACGUACUCAAGCAAACCAUGAUAUGAGUAGUUGGAGGACAUUUAAAAGUGUGUUGCACAUUGAGGGUGUUCGUGGUUUCUACCGUGGCUACUUUACGACAGUAGCAAGGGAGAUUCCCUUUUCGUUUAUACAGUUCCCGCUCUGGGAGUUUCUCAAGAACAUGUUCGCAAACCCGGAUUCCUCAGUGACCUGGCAGGCUGCUGUUUGUGGGGCUAUAUCAGGUGGUAUUGCAGGAGGACUGACCACUCCUCUUGAUGUUGCUAAGACAAGAAUCAUAUUGGCUGAGCGAACGAGCCACCUAGCCGAUGGGAGCAUGUAUGCUGCACUGAAGACUGUAUGGCAUGAGAAAGGGUUACCAGGGCUUUUUAGCGGUGUCACUCCCAGAGUAGUCUCCCUUUCAGUGGGGGGCUUCAUCUUCCUUGGUGCCUACGAGCAAGCCAAACAGCUCUUCUACAAUUUCUUCCCGCCUUCUUCUCGUAUGACCAGUUUGACAUAUACACCUGUGAUGACCACCAGUAGAAAGCAGAAUUUGACAGAUUUGUCAGAGCCAACCUCCUUUUCUAAGACAGCAACAUGACCGAGCUCGAGAUGUGCCAAAUUUCUGGCUGUUACCAUGCGCUGGUGCAACAUAACCAAGUUGAGGGCCAUUUUUUAGUUCCUUUUUCAUGGUCAAAAAUAUAUUUACAAAAAAAUGAUUGUGAAUGUGAA